AUGUGCUGCGAGCUGGAGGUGGAGGCAGUCCUGGCCCACGAGCUGGGGCACCUGAAGUGCGAGCACGGCGUGUGGCUCUCCGCCGCCAACGUGCUCCUGCUGGCGACGGCCCAGCUGCCGCUGCCGGCGAGGGUGCUGGGGCCGCUGCUGGAGCGCCUCUCGGAGGGCCUCGGGGCGUGGCAGCGCGCGGCCGAGCGGAGCUGCGACCGCGCGGCGCUGCUGGUGGCCCAGGACCCCUGGGUCGUGCUGUCCGUGCUCGCCAAACUCGCUGGCGCGGGCGCCCCCCCAGCGGGCGGCGAGCCGGGGAACCCCGGCGUGCUGCCCCGGGAGCAGCUGGAGGCUUUCCUGGAGCAGGCGCGCAAGUACGACCGGGCGGUCGCCGAGAGUUCACCCGUGGCGACGGCCAUCUCCGCGGCGGUGUCGGGCGGGCGCCCGAGGACGCACCCGCUGCCGGUGCUGCGGUCGCGGGAGGUGAUCCGCUGGGCCAACUCGGAGGAGUUCCACCGCCUGCUCCUCGAGCGCGGGGAGCCGCUGGACGUGGGCGUCCCCGCACUCUGGCACGUCGAUCCCCGCCUCCGGCGGUUGUACAGUGUCUUCCACAGCGUGUCGGAGGUGGCCUCGGAGGCCCUCUGCCUCCGCGGCGAGCUCCCCGAGCCCUGCGGCGCGCAGGCGCCGCUGGUCGCCCGCGCCUCGCGGGCGGCGGGCGCCCGGGGGCUGCCGGCGGCGGCGGCGGCGGCCGCGGCGCUCCUGGGGCUCACCGCGUUGGCGUGGCGCCCGGUCGCGGGCGGCGCGGCAGCGGGCGGCAUCGGCACCAGCCAAACAUCCAUUCGGGGGUACGUCAAGCAGGAGCUGUACGAUGACACCGGGAAGGACUACGAGGAGAUCUCAACGUGGCCGGUGGAGACGUACAACUACGUGGACGAGUGCUUCUACGACGACAAGGACGAGGAGCGCUCGGCCUCACACGGGCCCCAAUACGCCAGGGUCGACGGCGACAUCGAGACACUCUGGCAGAGGCCGGACUGCAAGCCGAGGGGCAUUUUCUUCAUGGCGCACGGCUGCCACCACCAGGCGCCGGACUUCUGGAGCGAGGUGGGUCCCGACGGCAGGGUGUUCGAGGGCUGCGCGCAGUCCUACCUCGGCCGGUGCCUGGGCCUGCCAGAGGAGGCGAGGGUGCGCGACGCGGCGCUCGCCCGCUGCUACGUGGCGGUGGCGGUCUCCGGCGGCAGGGGCUUCCAGAGCUGCUGGGGUUGGCGCCCGACGCGCCCGUGCUGGCCACUGGCGCCUCCAGCGGGGGCGCGUUCCUGGGCAUGCUGGUGCAGGCGCCAGGCGGGCUGGAGCACGCGAGGUGCAUCGUGCCCCAGGUCAGCCCGCUGGGGAUCUUCGGCAAGUGGAGGCACGGCAUCCCCGUGCUCUUCGUGCACAUGCCCAGGGACGGCUACACGGAGGACCAGGUCGUCGACGAUAAGAUGGCGCUGGAGCAGGGCCUGGGGGGCGGCGCCCGGGUGGCUGAGCUGAGGGUGAAGCCCCAGAGGGUCACCGCGCAGCUUCUCGAGCCUUGCCUGAACAGCACGCUGGCGGCCGCUGUCGCGGAGGCCCUCCGGGCGAACUCCAGCAUCGUGGGCCGCGACGGGCUCCUGGUCCGGGAUGCCCGGGCCAGGGACUGGGUGGAGACGGUGCGGGCCGCGAUCGCUGGCGAGAGCAACGAUUCGCUGGCCCCCGACGAGAGCUGCAUAGCCGAGCGGAUGAACGUCGCUUGGGCGUGGCACGAGUUCACGGCGGGGCAGUACGCGGAGGAGAUGCUGGACUUCUGCGAGGAGAGGGGCGUCUUCGCGAGGAACGCCUCGAGGGCUGCGGCGGCCCACGCGCCGUGAGGCGUUCCGAGGGCGUGGCCGCCGCGUGCUCAGUGGCGCCCCGCCGCCUGGUGCCCAGUUGCGGGAGAG